CCCUCCAUUUUAAAUGCAUCCAUUCGUCGCCGUUGGUGUUGUUUUGGUUCUCGUCGAGCUCUCGUUUCUCGUUCGAGCAGAAGGGUUCGAUGGAUGGAGGUUUGGAAAUAAUGCCACUGUACUUGCGCCCUCGCCGUGGUUGAGGAAGAAGGUUAUUGAAGAGGAUUACAAGAAUUGGUUUCCAAAGCAUGGUUGUUCCCACAAGAGUUGCCGGAAAGGAGGAGAAGAUGGGCGGCCGGAGCGCAAGAAGAAGAUGAAGUGCUGCAAAAACCGAUGCGUCGACGUCGGCUCCGAUGUCAACAACUGCGGUUUCUGCGGCCGACGGUGCUCGUUUCCACGGCAGUGCUGCCGAGGGCUGUGUGUGAACACAAACAAGAGCAAGUUUAACUGUGGAAAAUGUGGCCAUAAAUGUCCUUUCCGCAUCCGCUGCAUCUAUGGCAUGUGUGGAUAUGGCCAGGAUCCACGGCGGCCGUCGGAGAGCCGGUGGAAGCCGCCGCAUCGGCCCAAGGAUCGUCACCGGCUACCGCCGCUGUAUCGCCGGAGCAGCUAGCUCUUUUUGCUUAACAUGGAACGGUCACCAAUACAAUUGUUUUGUGGUUAUAGUUAUGUUAUUUGUUUGAUUUAUGAGUGAAUA